ACGCAACAUUUCUUUGCUUCGGAGCAAAACAAAUUCAUAGAUACAUCGUUCUAAGAAAGUCUUAUAUGCAACGAGAAAAGCAGAAGUGAUUAGCUUAAAACUAAAAAGCUGUCAAAAAUGUAUAAACUCGACCUACCCAUCGAUCUCAAAGAGUCAGCAGCGAUUGAGCGUCGAAGGCAGAGGGAAAAAGAACGCCAAAGUAGAAUAUUCAAUGCUAAAGUUCGGACAAUCGGGGUUGAUACUGAAGCUUUGCAACAACAGUGUGCUGAAAGAGACUGGGUAACUAAUGAAGAACAGAGAAGAAAUGAUGCUUUUGCUAAAAGUAUGAUAAGAAAUGACAAGAUAUGUGUCUUACUUCAAAAAAGACAAGAGGAGGACCUAAGGAAACUCAACAUAAAGUUGAAUGAAUUUAGAAAAACGUUUCAGACCCCAGACAGUGGCAAAGAAUGGGAUUUAAAUGACCCUAAAGCUAAGAUGAAAGAUGCACCUGCUAGAAUAUCUGAUGAUGACCCAAGAUGCGGAGUUUCAAGCAUGCAAAGAUUCCUAGGUGAAGAUCUUAGUGGAAAAGAAAGGAAGAAACUUCAACAGGAACAAACAAGGGAAUGGUGCAAACAGCAAAUGAUGGAGAAAGUCCAAAAUGAUGCAAAUGUGAAACAAGCCAAACAUCUAUAUGACCUGAAAUCAAUUGAAAAUGAGCAAAGAGCAAUGGAGCUUGCUAAAGCAGAGCAAGAAUGUAAACGAGCUAUCAACAUGGCAACUAAAGAGUUCAACAAAGCACUCCAUAAUGAAAAAUCAGCCAGACUGGAAUUAGAAAAGCAAAAAGAGCUUGAUGACAGCAUGACAGAAAUUUCGAAUAAUGUUUUUGGGGACAUGUUAACUGAAAACCCUGCUGUUGCACAAAGUGCUUUUGGUUCACAUCGUGUUAUUCCAGAUCGGUGGAAAGGAAUGAGCCCUGCAGAGAUUAACAGGAUCAGAGACAUUCAAAAUGAUCAGAUUCAAGAGAAAAAGAGACUAGAGGAACAAGAAAGGCAACAAAAUGAAGCUUGGGAUAAAAAAAGGAUCGCUGAAGCAAAAGCUGCCUUGGUUAUGGAAAAACAACAGCAGAAGCUGAUAAAAGAUCUAGAAAAACAAAAUGCUUCAGAGAAUUUAAGACUUUCUGCUGAACAGAAAGCACACUCCGACUAUAUAAAUAGAGAGGUGUAUACAAAUCAACCUACUGCUGCCUUUUUUGACCAAUUCAACAGAAGUAGUCGAUAACAGACGGAGGAGCUAACAACAAUUUCAGAAGAACGGAAACAUUGUCGUACAACUUAGCUUAUCUUUAUCUUAUUGUGAGGUGUAUAAAAUGUGUAAAUAUCUGAAGUUUGUCUUUGCUAAGUGUUGCUUAAAAAUGUCACUUGUAAAAGAUGAAGUUGUUGAACCUUA